CGUUGGACACAGCAAAGCCACCCUCUAGCUGGAACGCCAACUCUUUAGAAAACAACAUCAAAAGGUGUGCAUUAGGAUAAAUGGCAUACGAUCUGGAAUGAGAGCAGUCUAUCAGAGUUCCAAGCCACACACAGCAAGAGGAACACACAGGGAGAGCCACAGAAAACAAACCUCCUCACUGGUCAACUCCAAGGCUCAACAGAAGUUGAGUUUUGAGUCACCAGAGAACCGACAACCAACCGGAUCAGCAAGAGAAGAACACGGUUGUUGUUUCUCACACUUCAUCAAGCUGAACCCAACCUCCAGUGGACCGUUGGAUUAACACGUUUGAUAGAUAUAAUUCUGUUCAAUCUCAACAUUGGACAUUCCCUGUGGAUAUACCAUACAACACAAGAACAGUAGCUCUCCUCUCCAUGGCGGACAAUGGGCUCUCCAGGUUAGAGGCUACCUCUAUCACCAGGACCUUCCCCCUGCUCCCCUUGCUGCUCCUGAUGUGGCCCCUUUCUGGGCAGGGCAGCCCCAUCUCCCUGGCCCCAGAGAGGCAUCGCCCUGCUCCAGGUCUGGGGGACGGCCACGGGGGCGUCAUAGACCCAUCUCUGUUGGAGCAGGACAGUGAUGUGGACAUGCAGAGCCUGCUGGAGAGCCUCCGGACCUUCAACCUGUCUGGCCUGGGCCCUCCUGCCCAGGCACCUGGCAGUGUCCGCGUGGAGCCGCCCGAGUACAUGAUGGAGCUUUACAACCGCUUCGCCAACGACCACACCGCCAUGCCAACCGCCAACAUCAUCCGCAGCUUCAAGAACGAAGACUCAUCUCCCUGCAGUUUGGGUAGUAGAGGGGUGAGACAACACCCUCUGCUCUUCAACGUAUCCAUACCCCACAAUGAGCGUAUCACCGCCGCAGAGCUGCGUCUCUAUACCUUGGUCCAGACCGACCGCAACCUCUACGCUGGGGUCGACCGCAAGGUGACCAUCUAUGAGCUGCAGCAGGAUGGAACAGGGGAGGACAACAGAACAGCGAAGGACACAGAGAGAGGAGGAGCAGGAGGAGGAGGACGGGAGGAGUUAGUGGAGCUGGCAUCACGGCAGGUCUAUGGUACUGAUAAUGGCUGGGAGGCCUUUGACCUAACUGCUGCCGUCCAGCACUGGCGCAAAUCAGAGUACAGCACCACCCAUAGGCUGGAGGUCCACAUAGCAAGCCUGGCCUCUGAGGGGGAAAGGGGGCAGACACUAGCAGAGGGUGAGGGAGAAGGAGAGGGAGAGGGGAGGAGGACAUUCAGGGGAGACAUGGAGAUAGACACCAGCCCAGAUGACAAACACAAACCCCUGAUGAUUAUCUUCUCCGACGAUCAGAGCGGUGAUCACCGCGAUGACAAGAGGGAGCUGAACGAGAUGAUUGGACACGAGACCUCAGAGGCGGUGCUUCAGGGUGACCUGGAGCUGAACAGGCUGUGGGGGGAGCUGGGCCAGGCGGGGGGCAAGGAAGAGGAGGAAGAGGAGGAGCAGGACGAAGAGGCCCUGCUCCAGAUGCGCUCCAAUCUGAUCUAUGACACGGCCUCCAGAAUCCGCCGCAACGCCAAGGUCAACCAGUGUAAGAAGCAGUCCCUGUACGUGGAGUUUAAAGACAUCGGCUGGGACAGCUGGAUCCUAGCACCUGCCGGGUACGAGGCCUUUGAGUGCAGCGGCAUCUGCACAUACCCGCUGACUAAACACGUGACGCCCACCAAGCACGCCAUCGUCCAGACAUUGGUGAGCAUGAAGAGCCCACAGAAAGUGACGCGGGCCUGCUGCGUGCCCACCAAGCUGGAUCCCAUCUCCCUGCUUUACAUGGAUGACACUGGAGUAGUCACGUACAAGUAUAAGUUUGAGGGCAUGGUGGUGGCAGAGUGUGGCUGCAGAUAGCUAGUCCACCCUGCUGCUCAUAUGGACAUGGAGAGAGACAUUCGUGAAGAGAAAUGACAGGGUGUGGAUGGACAAAGCAAAGAUGACUUUUUUUUUUUUUUUAAGCAUGAUGGUAUUAGAAUACAUGGACUCUGAAUUGAAUCUAGAAUCACCGCUGAGAACAGUUGAGAAGAAAAACAAUAAGGAAGAGAAUAGGUAUCCCGGACAGGGAAGAACAGUACUUUGUUGUAUCUGCAGCUAUGACAUGUAUGUGUAUAUAAGAUGGAUCUAAACCAAACCGUUUGUACAUUGUGUAUGUAUAUUUUGUAUUUCAGGAAAAUGUAUAUUUUAUUUUGUACAGUAAAAUGUCUAUGAUACCAAUUCAUAAUUCUGUAAUAGAAGCAGUUGGAUGCCAUUUCAAGCUAAAUAACACAUUUGGAAUUUGUACAAAAUUCUGAGGAAAAAAGGAUGGACCUUCAAGAAUAAACUAUCCUCAGGUCACCCAAAGGCUUCCAGCAAUACAGUAACCAGCCGUACAGUGAUGUCCAGUAGGCCUAGCUGGUGGGACAUUACAGGGCUCUCCACAGUUAGCUCUCCACAGUUAGCUCUCCACAGUUAGCUCUCCACUGACAUUGAUCUCCUGACUUAUGUCUUCCUCUCCACUUAUCUCUGUUCUCCCCCUCCCUGGAUGCUAACACUAAUCCACACUUCAUUUAGCAUGUCUCCCUAACAGCAACAGAAACAGGCCUCCCAAGGGAAACACAAACCUGACUGGACUGGACUUCUGGUAGGGGGCCUACCCUCAUCCUCACCACCUCCCCCUAGCAUUUAGGGCAGUGGGCUGAGGUCAGUGCAGGGGUUAGGGUGGGCUGGGUUAUCUCCCUCGGGCCCUCACCCACCUUCCCACAUCGGCCUCAGAGUCAGUCACAUGCCGUGCGAGCCGCUCUCUCCCACUCCUCCACACCGUGCCGAUAAGGAGGUGUUGGCGGUGAGAAACAUGUGCUCCGCCACUCAGGACUGGAG